AUGGAGGAUGAUAAGCAGAUCAGGAAGAGAAAUAUCAGUGUUCUAAUGUUUCCAUGGUUGGCUCAUGGUCAUAUAUCUCCUUACCUAGAGGUAGCCAAAAAGCUUGCGCAUAGAAAUUUCCAAAUCUAUUUCUGUUCCACUCCUGUAAAUCUCAAUUCCAUCAAACAAAAACUAUUUUCUCAUCAUCCAAACACCUCCUAUUCAAAUUCCAUACACCUAGUUGAGUUUCAUCUCUCAUCAUCACUUCCUGAGCUUCCUCCUCACUACCACACAACCAAAGGACUCCCACCACAUCUAUUGCCUUCUCUCACUAUGGCCGUGGACAUGGCCAAGCCUGAGUUCUCUAAAAUCCUUGAAACCUUAAAACCAGAUUUGUUGAUCCAUGAUCUUCUUCCUACAUGGGCAUCCAACUUGGCUUCUUCUCUCAAUAUCCCAACCAUUGCUUUUAUGAUCUGUGCAGCUUCAUUGAUCUGUUAUGGUAGUCAUUUUGUAUCAAACAAAGGUGGUGAUGAAUUCCCAUUUCCUGAGAUCUGUCCUGAUUCAGCUAAAUCACAGUUAGUCAAAAAACAUGAAAGUUCUUCAACUAACAAUGAAAGUGGACAUAAAACAUACGGUGAUGUCAUUUUAAUUAGAUCUUUAAGGGAGCUUGAAGGGAAAUAUAUGGAUUAUCUUUCUGUUUCUUUUAAUUUAAAGGUUAUUCCUGUGGGUUUUCUUGUUCCUGAUAACAACGACGACGAGGGCAUGGACAUCAUUAACUGGCUUGACAAGAAAGAGAAACACUCAACCGUGCUCGUGUCGUUUGGCAGCGAGUAUUAUCUAUCUAAGGAAGACAUGGAAGAGAUGGCUUACGGGUUAGAGUUAAGCAUGGUGAACUUCAUAUGGGUUAUUAGAUUUCCAGUUGGAGAGAAAAUGGAGCUUGAAGAAGCUCUUCCAGAAAAGUUUCUUGAAAAGGUAGGAGAUCGAGGUUUGGUUAUUGAGAAUUGGGCACCGCAGGUAAAGAUUCUGAACCAUUCGAGUAUUGGUGGGUUUGUAAACCAUAGUGGGAUUAGUUCAAUCAUGGAAAGCUUGAAAUUCGGUGUCCCAAUUAUAGCCAUGCCUAUGCAAAAUGAUCAGCCAUGGAAUGCUAGAGUUAUAGUGGUUUCUGGGGUUAGUUUGGAGGUUGAGAGGAACUCUGAUGGGAGGAUUGAAAGAGGAAAUGUUACAAAAGUGAUCAAACAGGUUAUGGUGGAAAAAAUUGGGGAGGAUAUUAGGAGGAAUGCAAAAGAAAUGAGUAAUAAAAUAAGAGCAAAAGUUGAUGAGGAAGAGAUAAACGAGUUGGAAACUGAAAUUUUACGGCUUUGUGCAGAUAUUAAUGUAACCUAA